CCUCCGUAUAAGUAUAUACGGCAAGCAUGGCUGCGAUUAUUUGCUUCCACUUCCCCCGGACUCCUCCAAACCCAUCAAUGACUCACGGGCAAACGUAUUACAACUGAUUCCACUUGCUAAACGAAAUCCACUGCCAUCCACCCAGGACUCUAACUAGUACAACAACAUCACAACCACAAACCAACACUAACAAACUUAACAAACACCAAACGUAGCAACACGAGGAGCAACAUCAAAAAAACAAGUCCAACAACCAAACCAACCACAACGCCAACAAACCCAACAAUCACCAAAGUAACAACCCAAAAACCACACCAAAAACCACACCAAAAACCACACCAAAACCACCACCGCCAAAGAAUGCCAACCCAACCCCCCAACCCCCCUCCCCACACCCACACCCACACGCACACGCACACCCCCCACCCUCCGACCAUCAUCAAGCCCAGCCCGAUGCGCAACCUCUCCGAGUUCGCCGUCGCCGACACCCCCGGCACCGCCGGCCCCGAAUACCCCGCCGCCACCGACUACCUGCAGAGCCGCUUCGUGCCUGUCAGUGCGAGCCCGUUGCAGAGGGGGGAUAGUAGGAAUAGUGAUAGUGAUGCGGAUGUGGGUGCGGAUGUGGAUGUGGAUGGUGGGCGGGUGAGGUUGUUGAGUGAUGGUGGUGGUGGUGGUGGUGAUGGUGAUGGUUGGGAGGGGGAUGGGGAUGGGGAUGUGGAUGCGGGGGUUGAUAUGCAGAGGGAGAUGGGGAUGGGGAUGGGGAUGGGGGAGGGUUCUGAGGGGAAGGGGGGAGGGGAGGUGGAUGGGGGGGUGGAAGGUGGGACGCGGCGUGUCCGGGUGCGGCGUGGGAGUAUGAGUGUUGUUGGUGGUGAUGGUGGUGGUGGUGGUGGAGGAGGGUUGGGGGUGGGCAGGGUGGCGGUGAGGAGGGUAAGUCCGGGCGGGUUCCACGGACGGGGAAGAGGUGAGGUCACGCUCGGCUCAGGGGAGGCGGAUUUGGAGAGGAAAAAGCAGCAGCACGCGGCGGCCAGGAAACAAGUAAGGGAUGCGAGGAAGAGGGGAGAGGAUGUUGAUGGACGUGAGACGACGGGGCCAAGCGGGCGGCAACCGGGGCCUUAAGCCGACCGAACUGCAUGAUCAUAGGGCGGAGUUAUUCUUGGGAUAUCGGUAUCAACUGGGUAGAGCAUAUCGG